GCCCAAGAAUGGGCAAACUUAAGGACCACGAGGCCCAAACAAAGCCCGGUCACCAAAGGCCCGAAGGGAAGGAGAUGGAUCAGCUCGACCUCAUCCACACGUUGGAACCUAAGCGUGGGAGGGACACGAACCCGCUGGUCAAGCCGCCACAGAACUUCGCCGGCCGGAAAGUCAUCAACGGAGGCUCUAAUCGGCAUGUUCCACCGGAAACACACCGGAAACAGGAACCCGGAAUUAGAGACACCACUAACGACGAGAGGAACUUAGCACAACACCGACAGAAUAGAUCUUCGCCGGAAGCUCUUAAACCACCGGAAACCAAGAGGGUGAAGGAAGCUCCAAGAAACAGAACCUCCCAAAAUCACCAAACCAUAUUAACGCUGUCGAUCUAGACAAGGACAGAUCUAUGCUUUAUAAACGGGAUUCAAUUGCAUGUCCUCAAUCACAGAAGAUUGAUGAUAGAAUGAAUCUUAAAGCUCAAAAGCAUAGAUCAGGCAAGAAGAAAACAAAUCCGAGAUUAACCCGGAGCAAAGCCGGCCGAAACCACCGGAGGGGAAGGUGGAUCGCCAGAGUCAAAAGCCGGCGACCACAUCCUGAGAAAGGAUGAGCCCCAGAGUCAAAAGCCGCACAAUCCAUCCCUUGAAAGGCAAACGGAUGUCGGAGACGAUCCUGACGGAAGGGAAGCUGACCGCCGUACACGAACCGGCAUCAAGCGAAGACACCGACUCUCAUCUCAAUCUCCUCCCUGUGAAAAGUAUGAAAGAGAGAACAGAGAGGGGAGAGAGAGAGCCCUCUAUGCUUUGUUAUAUCUGAACAUUACGAACACUACAAUUUCAUUUUAAUAAGUCACAGUCAGUUCUUGACUAGUCAAAGGACCGAAUGACCAAGGAAGUUUCUUUCAGCAUCUUGGUCUUGGCCUAUGAUGUUCUCACGUAUCGCAUUUUAAUUUGUCACAUAUAAAAAUAUCACCAGAACAUAUAUAGAAAACUAAAAAUUUCAUAGUACCCACAUAUUCCAUGCGCAUCGUAAUUAUUCAUGUUAAAGGAAAAUAUCUUACUAUAAUUUUUCGUUUUUUUUUUGUUUCUAUUUAGCAAACUUUACCAUAUAUUGGUUUUCAUGGUAUUCUAGUAACAUGCGAUCCAACUACUUCUUACUAUUAACUGAAAGACAUUCCAAACUUGGAUCAUCCAUUCUAAAGUACUAAAUUCAUUUUUCUCAAAAAAUCAAAAGUAACCAAUCAACCCAUAAAACAUAUCAAAAAUGUUUAAGAAAAAGAUUUUUUCCUAUAGUUUUAUAAUAUUGUAUUUAUCUAGCAAACUUUUCCAUAUAAUUUUAUGGUAUAUAAUCCAAUAAUUCUAUAUCCGUUUAAAUAUUUUACAAAGUCCAUGCUAAUCCGAUAAUUCUAUAUUCAUUUUAACUUUUCCAAAAGUCCAACGAGAAAAUCACCAUUAUAAAAAUGAAUAACAUACUAGUAUAUAUCUGAGCAUCAUCCUCAACGUCAUCGUCACUUUCAAUCGUCCCACCUUUUAAAACCCCCUUAAAAGUCUCCGAACACCUUCUCUCUAAAACAAAUCCUCUCUCUCUCUCUCUGAUCUGAUUCGAUAUGGGUUUUAGCAAAGAAGAGAUUAGCAAAAGCACAAGGUUCUGGUCUUCCCUAUGGAGAGGCAUCAAAACUGUAUUCGUUCUGUUCACAAUGUUCCUCUCUUUCCUCCUCGUCUCUGCUCCGAUCUUCCUCGCCGUCGCCGACGCUCUCCUCCCUUCCGCCCUCCUCCACCGCCUCUCCUCGCCAGCGAAUCUCUCUUCUCAUCUCACCAACUACGAUUUCCGUCACUCCCUCAUCGAUAUUCCAUUAAUCUCCAUCGUUAGAUCCGCCGUUAUACUCUGUGUUUACGGGCUUUGCGACGGACCCAAGCUGUCGAGAGGUCCGUAUCUGACAAUAACGAUGAUUUGCUCUGUUUCCUCUCUGAUCUACGUUUCGUUAAAAGCGGCGUUUGUGUUCGGCGAGCCGGCGAACGGAGACGGCGGAGGUAGUUACUUCAGAGCGGCGGAAGUGGCUCUGUUUCUCUGCUCGUCGGUUUUAGCCAUCGGUCACAUAGUUGUGGCGUAUAGAACAAGUUGUAAAGAGAGGAGAAAGCUCCUCGUCUUCAAAAUCGACAUUGAAGCCGUUUCUGCAUGUAAAAACGUAUACCCGAGAUACCAAAAGAUCCUCCAACAAGAGAGGCUCAAGUAGAAACGUAUAUCAAGAGGCUCAACACUACUUGUAAAUAUACCUAUAUACACACAUGACACGUACCGUUAAAUAUGUAAAUAUAAAAAUAUACGACGUCUAAAUGUAGCUUCUUCACUGCCUUUCGGUCAACUUCUUCGCUUUCAAGUUUUCAGGCAGAUCCAAAGGAUAGUCUGUAAAGGCGGGAGGAACAGAUAGAGAGUGGAGAGCUAACAUCACCUAAUGAUCUUCUAUUCUUAUUUAAUGUAAGACAACUCCGAUGAAAUGGCAGUUGUUAGCCUUAAUAUUAGAUUAGUUAGGAAGAUUUGUAUAUAAUAUAGUUUUGUUUGUUUUUGUACUAACCUAGAGUUCAUCAAUGAGAAAAGAAGCCCAAGGCAUCUUUUUCUUAUUUCUCUCCUCUGUGUAUUGUCUGGAACUUUUUGGUUUUAAUACGUGUUUUGUAAUUGUAAAAAGAUGUGUUAUGUCCGCGUGAUUGCCUUUAUGCGUCAUCAAAUUUCUAAAAUAAUCUUAAAGCAA